GAUCAAAGUAUAAUUUAAUGUUUUACAACACUAACAAAAAUGGUUUCUGCACAGGAUAAUGACAUCGAUUCAUACACUGAAAGUGAUUGUUGUGGAAAUGGUUGCGUAAAUUGUGUAUUAAAUGUUAAAUCUAUUUCGCCCAUUGAAAUAACAUCAAAACAAAAUAUCCUAAGGAACUACACAAAGUUUACAUUAAAAAAUAAACAACCACAUACUCCACUACUGCCUGAUGUCAUUGACUUACAUUUCGUAUAUGCAGAUGUUAACGACGGAGCGAGUGAAUUUUGUGUCCAUGUACCACCAGGACAUCACAUAAUGAUGAGAGCGUUUAUCGAAGAUAAAGUCUGGUUACGUCCAUACUCGCCAUUUUGGGUUGACACCUCAAAGUUUGAAUUUAAAAUACUAGUUAAUUUGAAACCACAAGGUUUAAUGUCGAAUUACAUCGAAAACUUGAGUAUUGGCGAUAAAGUGGAAUUUCGUGGGCCUAUUGGGAGCUUUGUGCACAAAACACCAAGUUGUGAUAAAUGUAUAUAUAUUAUAACACAAGGGGUUGCUAUUGCGCCAACAAUACCAAUUGUAGAACAAAUACUGCACAAUGAAGAUGAUUUGACACGAGUUUAUCAUUUGAACUGUUUCACUGAUAUCAACCACAUUUAUUUUCGAAAGAACUUGAAUGAUUUUAACAAAUAUUGGAACUAUGAGGGGCACAUUUACUUGGCACAUCAAGUUUGCAGCAAUGAAAAAUGCCAAAACUCGGGAAGUUGUUGCGGUGAAUGCGAGGUUUUUCGUAAAUUGCUAUGGUACAAGGAAUCAGCAUAUAUUCGAAGACUUACAAAGACGGAUUUGGAGAAAAUAUGCUGUAACAAUUUAAAUUACCAAAAGGAAUUUAUAAUUAGUGGCACUAAAGUGUUUCAGACAUCUAUAUCUGAAAUAAUUAACGAAAUGAAUUUGGUCAAUGAAAAAGAAGACAUCAUACUUUUGUAAAUA